AUGACUUCUGAACUUCGCCGUUCAACGCGCCAGCCAAAACCUUCUGCCAGAUACCCUUCUGCUGAUUUCAUAAACUCUGCUACUGACAGCCCUCCGGUCAAUGAUCCUCGUGCUCCUGGUCCCAUCACCCUUCCUGGUAAUACAGCAAAUGACAUCAAUGACUCUGCACAAGCUAGCGAUGGAACUGCUUCCUCGGCUGCCAUUUCUGAAGAAAUGGUCCACAUUGCACCAGUCCGAUUUGCGUCUAAUCUUACACCUCCCCCUAUUUCUCGCCGUACCUCAUUUGGCUCCAUUAAUGACACUGAUGUGGUUGUUUUGGGAAGUUCACAGAACUACGAUGAUGUACCUACUGCUAUCGAUGGUGGUUCAGCCUCCCUCAACUCCCUUCUUGCAUAUGGCAACAGUCCCAACAGUCCAAGUACCUCUGAUCACCCUGACAGUCCUGAUAGUGUCCAAGGAAUAAAGGAAUCGAAAUCUUUUGACAUGUCAUCUUCGCCCUGUCCUAAUGCAUUAGAAACAUCUAGUCCUGCCACCAAAAUACCUGCUUUGGCCAGUGGUGGCUCUAACCAGGCCAUCCUUGCUGGUUAUCCACUUCCAUCUCUUUCCACUCCUCCCUUGCCAUUGACUCCCUCACGAGAUAAACGCAAGAUCUCUGAUGUUCCCUAUGCUGCUGUUUCACCUUCGAAAAAGCCCAAGCCAGCUCCUUCUGUGCUCCUCAUCAAUGGUGUAUCUUAUGUCCGUCUCGAUGAUCAAAUGCAGUCUACCACCCCACACGAAGAUGAGCUCCACUCUUCAGCUCUGUCUAUCGACGACUCCGAUAAUCACCUGGCAUUAUCCACCCCGUCUUCCCUUCUGGAUCAAAGUCCUGUUGCUACGCCCGUUACCACCUUCUCUACCUCCGUAAAAAAAUACAAACCAGCCCUGCAGCCUUGUGUCACACCAGGUGUCUCUGACAAGGAAAUUGAUGAAUAUGACCAUUUUGACAUUGAUUUACCAGACGACCUCAGCAGUAUUCCCGCUUUGUCAAUUCCCACUACACCUACCCAUAUGCACUCACCUGUAAAGCCCACCACUUCUCCAUCUGUGUUCCAAUUCAAAUCACCCAUCCGUGAUCUCCGCAAGAGUGUACGAACACCUCAGGGUUCAGCUUUAAGGAAAGCUGCUAUUGAUUCUGCUCUGUCUUCUCCUGCGGUCAUUGGUUCUGCUACCAGAAAGGCUGCUAUUGAUGCUGCUCUGUCAUCUCCCACCUUCCAUUACAACACUAGACCCAAAGAGCCAACUCUACUUUCGAAUAUAGAUGCUCUGAUGUCUUCUGAUGCAUUUUCCCAUGGCUCACUUGAUCUCGACAGAGAUAUACCAAAGCCACUUUUUGAUGAUGGAGGCCUUGGAAUUAAUGGCUGCCUCCGCCCUGAAUAUAUUGACCCCUUUUUAGCUCAUGAAUAUCGCCAUGUUAUGAAUUUACGCAAACCAAUUUUAUUUCCCACCACUUCGAUUUUGGCACCACCUGCUGAUUUCGAUUUUCUUCCUUUCAGAGAAUGUUAUGGCUCUCUCCCUGUAUCUGAGAAAAUGAGCCUGUAUCGUAUCACCAACUUUACAAAUCUGGGAACUUUCUUAAACCCAUCCCGUACAAAGCCAUCUCUGGUAUCGCCAUUCACUUCAGGAAAAUACAUCUCAUUAUCCCCUUCUGGUGGCGGAGAUGCAUCCCGAUACACUUCUGUUUUUUUGACCACUGGUGUCAUCGACCGCUCUUCUAUAUACAAAGUUGUCCCUGUCAAUCUGUCCAACGGUGGCACUCGAGUUGUUCGUGAACUACACUUGAAGCCAUUCUUACAGGAAUUCCAAUUGCUCUGUGGCUUCUUUGCUUCAGCAAUGUCUUUUGAGGCCAUUGCAAUGCAAGCCUCCGGUGGUGUAAUUACCUUUGCCUCUUCACAAUAUUUUCCAGAAUGGCAACGUGACAAGGUUAAUCCUAAUGACUAUAGCCCCUUGACCAAAAUGCAUCAUCCACCUCGUCCUCCCUCCUUCAAUGGUUCAGACCCCAGGAUGACACCCUUUGCUUACUUUACAAUGCCUACAUCUUUUGCGCAAGAAAUUCCUAUUUAUGAUGGUCGAGCAUCUAACAUUGAUGCACCAUUCCAAUGCACACCUCGUCAGCUAUAUGAAGUUGGGAUUGGCUCUUAUCCAUUGUAUCAAGGUGGUAAUGUUGAUCUGCCUCCUGGUUCUACGGUUGCUGUUGGAUACACUGCACAUACCUAUCCCAACAAGGCCCAUUUCCGUGGUGUGGCGAAGACUUUGUCUCUCAAUUUAGCCUUUGUGAUUCUGAUUGCCCUUCCCGAUUCGUAUAUGUCUUCCUCUUCCACUUCCCCCUUCACCCAUUAUUCCUAUAAUAACCCUGAUCACUCUGCACAUCAACAACUUUCUUUGUCACCAUCUCCAGUCCCUACUGUACCCCAUGACAACCAUGAUGAUCAAAGUAUACAAUAUUUGGAGGACCUUGAUCCUAGCACUUGGUCUAGAGCUCAAAGUAGGCGUUCUGCCUGA